CGAGUAGCAUCGAGCAGGUGACUGAAGGUCAACUGCGGGUUCAAGCUGAGUUUGAAACUACCGAAGUUCGACGACACAAGAAAUGAGUGUGAAAGUGUAGGUUAAUUGAGAAGAAAGUGAUAUUUCUUGGAAACAUUGUUAUUUUGUCAAUGUCACACCUGUCAACCACACCUGAACGAUUCAGGCGCAGAGAGAGAGAGAGCUCAGGGCCAGGACAAAUGUUGAAUUCAGCUUUCUGGGAGCAUGAGGCUUACAGGAGGCAGCCUCAUGCCUGAUGUCACAGUCCUUGCCCAUGUCAUCUCUCACAGUGUCAUUUGGCCCCACCCUGUAGCCUUCAGCACCUCCCCAGCUUGUGUUGUCUCCCUCAUCGUUGAACACUACUCAUGCGCCAAUCUGUGCUGCACAAGUUUAUCCUUUGCACCAGGAUGAAGUUCUGGUACCGGUUUCUGAUUCUGGGCUCUGCCAUCUUCAUGAUUGGUACCUUGUACUACUACAUGCUUUUAGAUAGCAGUCUUGAAGCUAGCCAUGACCGUCGCAGAGCUCUGGAAUCACAUCUUAGUUCAUCUUAUCUCAAGAAUUUGUUUAAGAGCUUCUCCAUGGAGCUGGACCCAGAAGUUUGUAGCAUGAAGCCACAUCAUCAGGCCCACAGGCAUGGAAACAUCUCCACCCUGGAUGUGUUCCAAGAGACCAGUUUCAAUUUGCAAACAGAUGGAAUGUACGAGCUGGCUUCACCACCACCAGACUACCCAAAGAAGGAGGAGUUAGAUGACCUUGAGGAUCUGCAAGUCAUCAUCAUGCCUCAUUCUCAUGUUGACCCUGGCUGGCUCAAGACGACCAAUGAGUACUACACUGAUAAAACCAAACACAUCCUCACCAACAUGGUCAACAAACUGACGGAGCAUCCAGACAUGAGCUUUGUGUGGGCUGAGACCAUUUACUUUGCCAUGUGGUGGAAUGAACUGGAAGAUGCUGUUAAGGUUCACGUCAGGCGACUGGUACGCAGAGGACAGCUGGAGAUUGCACUGGGUGGUUGGGUCAUGCCAGAUGAAGCAUCCACACAUUAUGUGUCUGUGAUUGAUCAGCUUAUCGAGGGGCAUCAGUGGCUUUGGGAGAACCUCCGCAUCAAGCCACUUAACAGCUGGUCCAUCGAUCCCUUUGGAUACUCUGGUACAGCACCAUACUUAUGGAAACUGGCUGGCAUGGAGAAUAUGGUGAUUCAGCGAGUGCACCAGUCUGUCAAGGCUUCACUCAUCUCUCAGAAAAGCCUGGAGUUCUGGUGGCGUCAGUUCUGGGACAAAAGUGGAGACACUUCCAUCCUUUGUCACAUUAUGCCCUACAUGCUUUACAGUAUCAAGUUCUCCUGUGGCCCCAAUCGCUUCAUUUGUCUCUUGUUUGACUUUCGAUCCAUACCUGGAGACAUCUCUGACAGUCGUGCCCAUGCCAUCACAGAGGAAAAUGUGGAAAAGUUUGCGGAGUAUAUGUACCAACAGUUUCGACAAAAGUCACGUAUUUACAAGUACAACACCAUCUUGGUUCCAGUAGGGGAUGACUUCCGGUUUGACCAUGAGCUAGAGUGGGAACAGCAGUAUGGAAACUAUAGCAGGCUAAUGAAGUACAUGAAUGGCCGCAAGGACUGGAAAGUGAACAUUCGCUUUGGCACACUUAAGGAUUAUUUUAAACUCACUCGACAGGAGCAGCUAGAGAAGAAGUAUUCUGGGAAAGACACUGACUUUCCUGUUCUGUCUGGCGACUUCUUUCCGUACUCUGACCGCAACCUGGAGUACUGGACUGGCUACUAUUCUACUCGGCCCUUUGACAAACGUUUCCAGAGAGAGGUGCAGGGGAUGAUACAAGCAGCUGACAUGGCUCUUACAUUCACACUCGCUCUCUACAAACGCUGGGAAUUGGAAAUGCAAGAGAAAUUUUUCCACUUUUCAUCUCUCAUGCAGACAGCACACCGUGCGCAAGCUCAGUUUCUGCACCAUGAUGCCAUCACAGGCACAUCCAAAGACUUUGUGGUGGUCGACUUUGAGGAGCAGUUACUGAAUGCCUACAACUCCUCACAGUCUGUUAUGAAGAUGGCACUUCAAGCUUUGAUCACAAAGGGGAAGGUAGAAAAACCAUACGUCUUUCACCCAGAAACGGUGCGUCAACGAUAUAAUGAACCACCUACAAAGAUGGUUAUUCCUGUAAGUAAGGGGGGCUCACAUCUGUUUGUAUUUAAUCCACUGCCACAGUACCGACAACAACCUGUGCACAUCUUGGUCAACAAAGAAAAAUUUAUCAUCAAAGACCAGAUGAGAGAAAUUGUUCCUUGUCAAAUUAACCCUGUCUGGGAUGAUGAAGACAGCACCACAGUUCGUGCUGAUGUGUUUGAGGUCAUUUUUAUAGCAGAUUUGCCUCCCUUGGCCACUGUACCCUUCAUGGUGUUUGAAGAGGACGUUCUGCCCAAAACAUCAAAUCCAGCAAAAAUCUGGGUGUUCAAUGAGGAGACGCUGGUGGUUCCCUCUGGGACUCUUUUUUUCCGGAACAAACCACAAAAAGAUGUUACACAAGCCAUUGUGAUUGAGAACAACCAGCUGCAACUGCGCGUUGCCCCAGAUACUGGUAUGCUGCUCGACCUGCUGGAUAAAAGCACAGGCAACAUAACCAAGCUAAACAUGGAACUUGGUGUCUACACUUCUCAGGGCAGUGGGGCCUAUCUGUUUUUUCCCAGCUCCGGUGCCUCACCAAUGAUAAGCAACAUUCCAUUAAUUCGGGUGGUAGAAGGCCCACUAGUGACUCAACUGACUGUAGUUUACGAGCCAUAUAUUCAUCAGACAUUCACUCUCUACUCCCACCCAACUCUUUUGGCCUCUGCUGUGCACAUUCGUAAUGACCUUAGCAUCCAGACCCUCAAAAAUCGGAGAAUUAUGAGACUUAAAACAGACCUUCGUUUGAAACAUCCUGAAUAUUUUUCUGAUCAAAAUGGCUUUCAGUUCAUGCGCAGAAGGACUAAUUCCAACAAUCGAAUUGAAGCCAACUACUACCCCAUGACAACAGGGGCUUUUCUUGAUGAUGGUGUUCACAGGGUGACUUUGAUGGCAGGCCAACCCCAUGGUGUGGCAGGACUGGAACCUGGGUGGCUGGAAGUAAUGUUGGAUAGACAGUUGUUAAAUGAUGACAACCGGGGACUUGGACAGGGCGUUGAAGACAACAAAAAGGUGACAAGUGAGUUCAUUCUUCUAGUCGAGACACGAACACAGAGGUCUUCCUUGUCCCAAGCCCACUAUGCAUUUCUGUCACUUAAUAGUGUUUCACUUAGUGAUAGAUUGCAGCAGCCUCCACAGGUUUUCUACAGCCUCAUUGAGGCAGACAUUUUCUUUGCAAGUGUGAUUCCAACCAAAGUAGCCUUGCCAUGUGAUGUGUCUUUGCUAAGCAUGCGAAGUCUGGCUACUGGAAAUCUACUGUAUAAUGGAACAAGUUUCAUCCUGCAUCGCAGAGCUUAUGACUGUGAUUUUCCUGGCCAUGACCUCCAGUGCUCCGUCUCAGGCCAGCCAGUCACAUUUGACGCCUUCUUCUCAGAACUGGGCUUGAGUCAGCAAGGCAUCAGGGAGACCAGCCUUACCCAUUUACAUCAUAAACGAUCUUUGAGUCCGAAAGAGCCCCUGACCUUGUCACCAAUGCAGAUUGCUGCAUUCCAUCUCUGGUUCUGAUUGUCUCAUCUUUCCUUAAUUGUGUGUCUGAGACAUUUCAACUGGUUUGUCUCUCAUUUGUGUGAGGUAUGACCAGCAGGAUUGUCACUUUUGUGUGACUAUGAUAUUUUCCUGUAUUUUUCUUAGCAUCAUGAAGAAUUUGAGACAGUUGAGACACUAUAAAACUCCUUAAAUAUGCACAGCUUUUGUGUUUGGUUGCCUGAUUAUUCCAUCAGGAAGCACCACUUAAAAAAUAUAAUAAAUAUAUGUUCCUGUGCUGAAAAAACUUAACUUUUGUUUCAUCAAUAGCCAAUAGGGAUGUUUGGAUAACAACAGAUCAGUUUUGCUAGGCUGUCCUGUUUUUGAUAUUUUUAUUUUACAUCCCUCAGAAAAAAGCCAUGUAUUUAUUUCAGCUAAGAGGUGAGGAGAUUUUAAUACAUGAUGUAGCCCAAAACUGCAUCCCAAAGAUUUACAUGAUAAGUCAAACUGAUCAAGUGGAGAGAGAACCUUUUGAAAGGAGUUAUUUGUACUUAAGGGUACAUAUGUACAGCCACUUAAAGGCACACUCCAUUCAACUAGGAAGUUGGGCUGAGAUGAUAGAUGACCAUGUGCUGAAUCAUUUGCACUCACAGUUUUGGGUUUCUAAAGAGCUGUUCAUUUACAGUCAUAUCCAAACAGCUCCGGUCCACUUGAUGAAUGCUGCCUUUUUCUGUUGUCAGCUGACAUCUUUUCAACACAAAUGUUCGCUGUCAGUCUCCUAAGUGUGUUUGUAAGAAUGCUGGCAUUUUAGAUUUGGAGAUUGUGCCAUAGCCUUUCAAACAGAACAUGGUGAGGAAAAAAAAUUGAGCAAACUGGAUAAUUUUGGCAUUGCAAACAGUAACAGAGUUUCUGUCUAGAAAAGCUGCAACACAGAGUUCUAUCACGACACCAGUAACAGUUUCAAGCAUGACAAACAGUAAUUUUUGCAGAUCCUAGUUUUAGAAAUGACAGUAAUUGGUUAUUUUAAAAAUUAGAAGCAGAAAAAGUUUAGAAACUUAUUUAAGCCCAACUUGCUUGUUCACUUGCCUUUCUCCCUAAAGACCAUGCCUCAUGCAAUAUCACGCUCUAAACACUCCAUUUGUAGAAAUAUUUAACCAUUGAGAAUCAAAAAUUGAAAAAAAAAAGAACGUUUUUCAAGAAAUUGUCAGUUGCAGCUUACCUGUACAGAAGCUGUCAUGACAGAAGUAUAGGGGUGUGCCACUUCUUAUCAAACUUUACCCUUUUGCAUGGUUGACCAAAGAACAGGAAAUGUCAGAUGUCACAAGUGCUAAUAAAAGCUGCUGGAUAGCAUAACCUUAUUUCCCAACUAAUGCAUAUUUUGUGCAUUACUUAGACGACUAGUUGUAGCAUACUGCCCUAAACUCAGUCACUUGCCGUCAGUAUUUUGCACCAGAGUGUUUGAAAAGUUCGAAGAUUUAUGAAUUUUACUUGAAACUUUCCUACCCAGGUAGCAGGUACAUGAUUAACCUUUUGGAUGGGGUGUGCUUUUUGUUUGCUUCCUGGGUGGUCCAGUGGCGCAAAAGUUAGUGUUUGUCACCAACACAGUGAAGAUUGCUGUCCUGGGUUCAGCUCUGGUCUCGGGCACGCUGUUCUUUCUCUGCACGUGGCAUCUGUUUACAGGGCUAACAGGGAUAUUAGUCGCUGGCUCGGGGUAAACACCAAUCCCUCACCCUGUUUGCUUCCUGACCUAUUUCAUCUCCCCACCUACUACUAAUCAGUCAACACUUUAAACAAGUGAGUGGGAACAGGUGUGUGGAGGUAGCCUAUCUCAUCCUGUUACCAUAGGAUGUCUGAGAGUCUAGUGCAGCCCAAACCUUUAGCAUCUGUUCUCAUUGUGUGUGAGUUGGAGGGAGCAGGGUUGGGGUUGCAUCUAUUUUAUGACAAUGCAGAUACACACCAUUUCUCAAAUACGACACCUUAUGACAGUGAAAGGGAAAAUUUCAAGGGACGAUAGUUCUGACUUUUAGAAGACAAGUAAUGAAGGGAUAGCUCAAGCAUCCACAUGGAGCCAGCAAGCAUACUUGAUCACAGGUGCAUCACAUAUUUUUUGUUACAUUGAUGCCAUGUCAAUUAUUGACCUGAAUAAUCUUCCCCUGAUCCAAGUGGUAGAUCAAACAUUGACAAUAAGAUCACAGAAGAGAUGCAAAUCCAUGCUGAGUGCUGGUUUGCAGAGAUGUAGGAGAAUCAUAUGCCUCUGCUGCAUCAUUGUGUGUAGCCACCUUGAGCCUGCCAAUGGUAAAUAUUAUUAUACAUAGCAAAUUACACGUAAAGACAAUGUAAAAGAUGAUUGUUUCAUGACUUGUGAUAUGCUUUUCCAAAAAAAGUCUGAAACACAUUCUUCCAGCAUUUAUUUAGAUAUAACCUCUUGCAGCAUUUAAUAAGAUAUAACUUCUCUUGUAGCAUUGACUGACUCACAAAAGACUUAACCAUUCACUCAGUCGUUCAAUUUUUUUUCAUCAUCCGCUAAUUUAGAUGCUUUGGUUUCUAAAAGUUUCUAAAAUAAAAAAAUAAAAUUAUCAUUAUUUAUUUUGUUUCUAAUAUAUUUUUAUAAAUCUAACUUUGUGAUUUUUAAGGCUAAAGAAUUUGUAUUUUGUUACCAAACCUACUAGUGAUUAAAUUCUGGAGGACGAAGAUUGAUGGAAUGUUAUACACGUCACAAACAACAGUCAUUGUGGGCAGCAGCAUCAUAAUGUAGCUCAACUUUACUGCACUCAAAAGGGAUUUUCCAACAUGCAUUGAUUACAUAUGCAGAAUGCAUAAUUUGCAACCAGAUAUUUCAUAUACAUGUCACAUAAGAUGCUCUCCUUACAUGUAUUUAUAUUUUGAGAGUAAAUAUACUUUGCCAUUAUAUAUUCAUAGCUAUAAAAAUGUUAACCAUUUGGAAUAGUCUUAGUAUUCCUUUAUCUAAUGAUGCACUGUUAUUAACAACACAUUUUUUUUAUUUCCGAAGUCCUUCUUUGAUAUAGCUUAGUCUCUUGUAACAACGAUAGGAUAUAAUAAUAAAGAGCAUUUAUAUAGCACCUUUCCAAAACUUUUUAUCUCAGAGUGCUUUACAUAAAUCAUGUAUAGACUAGAUCAUGAAGAACCAUGCACCCAUAUUAGCAUAUAACAGACAUGCUUGUGCCUACUAUAGACGCUUCAUACACAAAGUAAAUGCAGACACACAUCAUGCAUGAUCAGGGUCAGGACAGGGCCACAGUGAAGUCGUUCUGAAAAGAUGUGUUGGAUAGUUGUAAUUCACCAAUUAUUGGUUUAACAGCCAGAAAAGUUGUACUUUAGGGGAUAACAUUUCUUUUUUGAUUUAAAUUUGUGCAUCUAUGAAAGUAACAUUUUACCAAGAAUUCUAGCUGUUCUUUAAAUGUUAUUUCCAGGAGCACUACUCUGAACACAGUCCACUACUAACCUGUUCUCUCUCUCUACCCUUCUUUUUAUAUCUCAUUUUUAGUGUAAUUAAUCUUGAUUAGUUCUGUUGACAUUUAUGUUGACUAUUUUGUUAGCUUAUUUUUUGUUUUUCUUACCUCAUGCUCAUCAUUUGCCAUUUUCUGUUCCUUCAUGGAUCAUAAAUUUAGUUUUUUAUCAAACACUGAGCACACGUUCCUAUAUGAGUACCAUCUGUUCUAUGUAAAUUACACACAAUCAUUUCUAACACCAGGGUGACGAGUGGGAAAUUUAAGUAGUCUUCAGAAAUUAGGGAUAAACUUUGCUAGACUUUGCUAGACAAAGAAUCAAAGGAAAAUUAAGUUGGGUGUCAGAGAUGACUGAAUUUACAUUUUUCAGCUAUUCCACUGUAAUUCUUUCAUUUAGCCUUUAACAAGCUUUAACAUCACCUGUUUGAUUUGAAAUAUACUAUAUUAUUGAUCUCGAAGAAACUGCUUAAAACUGUUCCAGAUGUUCAGCAUUGUUGGUGGCUUCGGUGUCUGUGCCUGAAGCUGCUUGAGACGUUUAUCCAAAUAAUACUAUUUUAUUAUGAUUUUGCAUGUGUGUAUUAUUUUCUUGCAAGAAAAUACUUAUUUGAAUGAAAAUAUUUUUUAGCAGUUUGUUGAAAAGGGCUGUUUUUAGCAGCGAAAUAUGAAUUCCGCUGUUUACAGUGUAAAUCUACAUCAAGCAGUCAUGUGGCAUUGGUUGCCAUUUUUUAUUUGUAUUUUGGAUGUUGAAAAUGAAUUUUUAGAAGCAGGAUAUAAUUUGGAUUUAAGAAAAUCGUUUUUAAUUUCUGUGUAUUUCCCAACCUAUAUCAAUUUCAUCAAAAUUAGUGAGGUCAUGCAUGAAAUACAUGGACUAUUUAUUGAUGUAUACCUCUGAACCUCAGCCUGAAACUGUUGCAGAGUUAGUCCAUUCCAGUUUUAUCUUGCAUUUGACCAGUUGUCUGCUUCUGGCAACUGUAAAUAUGUUGUAGCUCACUGUCCUUUGUGAUUAUUGCAGUUACACAUAUGAAGGCAAAACAUCACUAAGAUCAUUAAGAUUAUGUUAUCAUCAGUUAGGUAAAUUCCAAUGUGCUGCUUGGUGUAUGUGUUCAUGCAACAUCAUCAUAGUUUUUUAUUUAAUCUUUUUCUUUUCCAAUCCUUAUCCUUAUAGAUCAUAUAUUCUUCGAACAAAGAAGAAUAUAUAUUGUACAGUGUAUGUUAACAGGCUCAGUAUGUCAACUUAGAUUGGACAGUUCAUGAACAAAUAGCACAUUCACAGGCUUUAAGAGGAUGUAGAUCAGUUUAGUAGAUCAAUUCAUCCUUAUUUUGUCUGUCCACAUUUCUCUUUCAUGUGCGGUUUGCAUAUUUCAGGUCUUGCCAGAAAGAACAUGUGUAUUUAUUGGUUCCUGCCCACAGUGGGUGCUCAAAUGGCUAUUACAUUUCUCAUUACUUCUGUGGGUCAGAUGAAGACCAAAAUUUCACUGUACUUUGCCCACAGGCAGGCUGAACCAGAGUUUAAGCAGGCAUCGUAUUGCAAGCAGUGAUCCCCAUGUCUGACCUUCAUCAUUUCAGCAGAUGUUGCAUAGCUUGGCUUGCACGGGAACCACUCAAGAAGCUCAAGUUGUAUAUUUCCUGAUCUCUCCGACAAGAGGCUGACACAAAGGCCCACGACUAACAGAGAUGGCAGAUACACAGUACGCUGGCAUUGUGUAAAGUGUACAUAUUGUAUAUAAGGCUCAUAAGAUGCAGAUGGCAGUACAAAGAAUUCAGUGAUAUUGUGUGAAGGUAAUGGGGGAAGAAAGAGCAAAUGAAUGUGAAUGUAUGCAGAUACGGAACUUCACUGCAGCUCCGCUGUACAGAACACAAAUACUGAAACCAGGAUGGUGUACAUAAACAGAAGCCUGUAGGGUGGGGGGGCCUGGGUGUGCACCUAUGUGUGUGUGUGUGUGGCUUACCUUGCAGGUUAUGUAUAGAUAGUUGUGCCAACAGUUAUGGUUCAAAUAUCCCUCUUGGACAAAGUGUAUAUUUGUACACAUCAGGAAAACACAGAUUGUGUUUGCUUCUUAGUGAUCGAGUUGACAUCUGCUUUGGUCCAGUAUAGCAUAGAGGGUUGUACUGCUAGACACCGCUUGCUAUCCUGACUGUACUGUGCAUGUGGGGUAGGGGCGAGAGAAAAUAUUUUGCAGAAUAAAAGCCAGACUAUUUAGUGGGCCAUAAGAAUAUCUUAAGCCCAAACUAUAUACACACUUUGCAUAUAAUUAUAUUGUUUGGAGUUUGAAACUAUGUGGAUUUGUGAACAGUCUUUGCCAGUUUAAUUUUUUUUUUACCAGAAUUACUCCACAAUACACCAUGUAAAUAAGUGAUAAGAAAGGAUACAUCUUACAUUUUUAUGUGGAGUAUUUAGAAAUUGUCUUCAUUUUGCUAUCAACCCUGUUUCAGUCUAAAACAUUGUUUAUAUAUUUUGUUUUUUCAUAAAUUUAAUAUUUACAUUUUGAGUCUCUCAUUUUAAGAAAAAUUUUUUUGGUUUCGUUUGUAAUUGAAUAAUGGCUGUUAACCAUGACAGAAAAGCUGUCAUUUGCUUUGACAUGUUGGCAAUGUUACCUGACACAUGACUGUCCCAUCACACACGGUGUUCAUUAUAGUGUUGACUAUGAUGCUGAGCUGUUGUCACCUGCAAGUGUUCACACAUUGGCUGAUAUUUUGUAUGGCAUAUAUUGAGAAUCUCCUACAAGGCUUGCCAUGUUUAAUGGUAUGUGCAAGUGCAGAAGUAAUGUAUCCAGCCUUUCUCAACUGUAGCUAUUUUGUUAAGUUUGACUGCUGUCCCCUGUCAUUCCAGAUAACUCUUUCAUGUGCAGUAUUAUUUUCCAAGUUCAGCCCAGAGGCAGCAUGUAGUUGAAAUGUAGUCACGGUUGGUCAAACGAUGCUUGAUGUAUACAUACAGUCUUAGAGACUUCCUUCUAGUCUUGAGGAAUGUUUUAUGCAUGUGCACAUAUGCUUACAGAGUCCACAUCUUGUAGUAGUGUUACCCGAGUGGGGUAAUCAAAAGCCACUUGCAUACUGAGUCUUUGUCUAUAGCUGCUUUCUCAGUAGAAAGAGAUGAAUUUAAUACCAAUGAAGCUGUCACGAAUGAACAAAUAUCAGAUAUGAAAAGACAAGUAGUGUCUCAAAGGAAGGCAGCAAAGAGACACACAAGAGAUGACAGUGUCAGAACCUAAAAUACCCGAGUUUUUAUAGAAGACUGGGCGGCUUUGUGUAGGAAUGCAUGUUAGUUACUGCAGACAGGAGAGAAUCGAGGUCCUAUGAUGGAGGUUUGUCAGAUGCAGGUGAGUAAAAGUGAGAAAGGGAUAAGUUUUUCUGAAGACACACCAGAGGUCCAGAUGGAGGUGGUUUUUACAUUGUAGAUAGCUGAAUGUUUUGUUCCUGCCGGUGCAUGCUGCUCUACUUGUUUACCUGUAUCAGUCAUGUAAUCUGUCAGUAAUACAAGAUCAUAGCUAUGUAUGAUAAUACAGGAAAAAAUGUUGGCCACACAGCCAAGAAUAUUGUUCUACGUUUUUACAACACAAGGCAAAAAGCAACCUGAUGGAAAACAGAAAUCUCCACAGAUGUUGUCAGUUUCUGUUUGAAAUAAUAUGUGACGAUGAUAAACUUGAAGACCAAAGUGUGACGUGAUUACAAAUUAUUUGUAAUGCACAAUAUAUGUUGUUCAGUAUCAUACCAUUAGCAGUUCUUGUGUAUGCUUGCACGUAUGUUCUUGUCACCAAUGUAAAGCAAGGCAUUUGAAUAACUGGAAAGUUCAUAUCUAUAUAGACAAAUUUUUGUAAUUCCUUUGGCCAUCAGCUUUUUUGGAUUUCGGGAUAGAAUUUAAUGAAAGAAUUAUAGUAUCCAAAAUUGCCAGAUUCCAUGUUUUCCCUCAGUGUAUGAAAACCCUUUUAUCUGCUCACAUAAAAUGUACACAGAGGUUAUAAGGCUGGAAAUGUGAAAUCUCUCCCUCAUGCAGUUCUUUGCUAUUAUCUGGUGUGGUGGCUGGAUCGCUCCAUGUCUUUAGUCACAAGUACAAAGCAAAGAAACAUGGGUAGUGACAAGAUGGUAGACGGGAGUCACUUCUGUUCACAGGGAUAUUGUACAAGUUGUUUUGUUGUGGAGCCACGUGUCCUCUUUUGCAUUGCUUUCAUUGGUUCAGUUGCUUACCCUUGCUUGUCAAGGGCAGGACGAUUUCUAUGACAAGUUCUGAUAAAAUUUAUCUAAUUUUGGGGAAUGUAAUUUCACGAAUUUUCAUGAUUGCCAGGUAAUGUGUUUUUGUUUGGGCUUUUAUUUUCGGGUGCUCUUUUGUUGCCUGCAUGUCACUUAAGCGACUUGAUCCUGGUGCCAUAUUUCCACUAGUGUGUCUUCUACAUAUGUGCUUCCAUAUCAACUUUCCUUUUCACUAACCUACAAUUUUUUUCUCAAAUCAUCAUUUUCAAGGAAUUUAAACGUUAACAAAAAGACAUUAUCCCUUAAAAUUGUUAAUUUUUGGUGCUUAGAAUGUUCUACAGAAUUUUGUAUGUCUUUGAGUUUUCUGCACGUUAUUUGGUUACUAUGAAAUAAAGAGAUUUGUGAUAAGAAUUAA